AUGCUCGUCAAGUCCCUCCUGAUCCCAACCCUGGCCUCGCUCGCCUACGCCGAGAGCACCGUCACCUCAAUGUUCAUCUACGGCGCAGACCCACAGCCUCUCGCCGCCUCAAUCGUGGGAAACGACGCAUCCGCAACAACCUACAGCAUAAACUGCCCCCCCGGCAGCGACUGCGGCAUGGGCCCCGGCCUAACCCUCAUCGCCGACGCCUCCAAGACAACAUAUAUCAUGAAUGAUGGGGAUAGCUUCCAAUUCACAGUUAAAUGCGCCGUCACAGAGUCCUCUGCUACGUGCGUCGAGAGCGCGGGCGGUCCCGACGCGAACUUUCCGGGCGUCGAGACGAGCACGACGGAUGUGAGCCUUAUGCCUGUGACUGUUACUGCGGGGACGAUUACAAGUGCUGAUGGGUCUACGACUUCGACCAGUACGUCUACGGCUACGACAGCGACGGCGACGGCCACAGGCUCUCCGACUUCGUCGUCUACGGGGACUACGUCUACUGCGGCGCAGGGGUCUGGCUCGGGGAAUGCUACGCAGACUGCGCAGGAGACUGGGGCUGAUCCAACGGAGACUGGGGCUGCGGUUAAGCUGAAUGGUGUGUUUGGGGUUGUUGUUGGAGGUGCCGCUGUUGCGCUUAUGGGUGCUGUGCUGUAG